AUGGAAACCGAGGUAAUCAUUUUGGAUUCUGACGACGAGGAUAGUCGACCAAGUGUUCCACUUGAAUGGCUCUGCUUUGGCAUCGGUAUUGGAACAACAAGGACCGAUGACGGAGUGUUGAGCAACAAUCAAAAUAUCCGUUUCUAUGGGGUGCGGCAGAUGGAAGAAAGACCUCAAAGCUACAUAUCACCGAAUAGAAUCAAGUCCAACACCAACGUCCCCUACAUGCAAAGUGUAACCCCAAUAUCUCCUCAACGACCGCCGGUAAAACUGCCAUAUGAAAGGAGCCGACCUCAACUCCAAACAAGAGAUGAUGGCAUUAGUGCAGUAUCUCUACUUGGAAGCGCUCCUGCAGUGGCUCGUCCCUUACAAUCAAGGCCAUCAAGGAGUCAAAAUCAAUCUCCCUCUCCUCGCAAUGUGGUCCGGCAUGUGCCAGAAUCACGUGUUCAGAAUUAUAAUUUCGAAGUGAGCGGAGAAAAAUCCAGUGACAACGAUCGCCAGUUGUGUCCGUCACUCAAAUUCAGGUGUCAAUAUCCAAGCUGUCGGCGUGUGAUCACCGGUAAUGUAUCAUUCGUGUGCCAUCUUUGGGCGCACAUAGCAACAUGGAAAGAAUAUGAUCCAAAGUCGCCCUCAUUUCCUUUGCUCAGUGACAGUCAUUCAAUUUCUACUGCACCUUCCAAAAGAAAUGACGUUGACAUCCUCUCAACUUGCCCGAGCUGUACUGCUCGAUUUCAUACGCCAUAUCUAAUGCAGGUGCACUACACAAGAUGUCACUCUCGGCAACCGCAAGCGGUUAACCGCGCAACUUGUGCUAUCUGUGAGAGAGACGUCCGCUCUGAUGUUGGAGCAGCUAAUGCGCUGCGCACCCACUUACUAACUCAUGAACCAAACGAUGCCCCUUACCACUGCAAACGCUGUCGCUAUCGAUGCACAGUUCGAAUGCACCUAUUUGAUCAUUUUGUCAGGGAACACAAAAAUACGAGGUAUGACCUUAGUGCUCUUGUUCUUAUUAUUAUUUUUAAUGUCACACACCUAUUUUUGUUUUGUUUUUAUUGUUCGUUUGGUGCGGCCUCUGUGAAUCUGAGAAGGUGA